AUGUCUACCCCAGUGCCGGCGACAGCUCAUGUUCAAGUCGCCGUCCCCCCGAUCCCCGAACCUGCCGACACAAAGGAGCUGACCCUGCAAAACACUCUCCAAAACGCCGGUCGUCGACGUUCUUCCUCGACUACACAGCCCGGUUCUGCCUCGCGCCGUCAGUCCUCCGCCAGUAUACACGACGAUGACAACGCUGCUCGCCUCAAAUGGGACGAAGUGAAUCUUUACCUGACUGAGCAAGACCGCACAGCGAAAAUGAAGAUCGACGAGCCAAAGACGCCCUACGCCCCGCACUACGACCCCGCCCAGGACGAGGAGGAAAUGCAGUUGGAAGAGGCUGCGGAUAGCCUGAUCGAUGCGAAGGGGGUGGUAGUCGACGAACUGGAUCGCUCUACCAAACCUGCGCACCCUAAGAGGGGCGUGUCGGAGGACGAAAUCCCAGAUUUGGAACUCGGAGAGCCUGAAGAGUCGCUGCGGGAUGAUGCCGAGGAUGGGUCAGAUCCGCGAAUUUAUCGCGAUCGCAGCUUGAGUACAGACUCGCACAAGAGCGAGAAACAUGUGCAGGUUGGGGAGACGAAUGGUGAUGCCGUACCGGGCGAGAGCCAAGGGACCGAGAAGCAUGCCCAGUUUGAGGCUCAGCGGAAGCGCCACUACGAGAUGAGGAAUAUCAAGGAACUUCUUGCUCACCCCGAAAACCUAGAUGAGAUGGAGGAAGAUGAGGAUGAAACAGAGCCUACUGAACCACCGGCCAUGCCCGAACUUCCCGAUCGUUUCCGUGACGCCGCCGAAUAG